UUUGUGGAUUUGGCCCUCCAUGAUCAGGUCCACCUUCUGGAAUGUGCCUGGUUAGAGAUCCUGAUGAUUGGUCUCAUCUGGCGCUCCAUGGAACACCCAGGGAAGCUCCUAUUUGCUCCUAACUUGCUCUUGGACAGGAACCAGGGGAAAUGUGUAGAGGGCAUGGUGGAGAUCUUUGACAUGUUGCUGGCUACGUCAUCUCGGUUCCGUAUGAUGAAUGUUCAGGGAGAGGAGUUUGUGUGCCUCAAAUCUAUCAUUUUGCUUAAUUCUGGAGUGUACACAUUUCUGUCCAGUACCCUGAAGUCUCUGGAAGAGAAGGACUAUAUCCACCGGGUCCUGGACAAGAUCACAGACACCUUGAUCCACCUGAUGGCCAAAGCAGGCCUGACUCUGCAGCAGCAGCACCGGCGCCUGGCCCAGCUCCUCCUCAUCCUCUCCCACAUCAGGCACAUGAGUAACAAAGGCAUGGAGCACCUGUACAGCAUGAGGUGCAAGAACGUGGUGCCGCUCUACGAUCUGCUGCUGGAGAUGCUUGAUGCCCACCGCCUGCAUGCCCCUGCCAACCACGGGGGUGCCCCCAUGGAAGAGACGAACCAGAGCCAGCUGGCCACCACGGGCUCCACUUCAUCGCAUUCCUUGCCAACGUACUACGUCACUGGGGAGGCAGAGAGUUUCCCCACCACAGCCCAAGAGCUCCUGACUCCCCCAAGAUUCUGAGAAUCCCUGCUGCAUUUUACCCAUGUCAUGCAUCACUAGCAGAUUUCUGUCCCCCGCAUACACUCCAGCAUGCACCCGCCACCAGUGGCUUUCUACUAUGAGUGGCCAUUCAUUUGCUUGCUCAGUUCUUAGUGACACAGAUUGGGUUGGGAACAGCCAAAGGGAUUCCAGGGCUAAGUCUUUGUAACAGCUCUUUCCCCC